GCUCGCUGACAGCGGUAAAAUCGGAGCAGCAGCAAUCCGAACGGUAAAAAAAAGAAAGCUGAGGGCAAAACAACGAGAGCCGUUCUCUCGCCGAAGUCGCUGCCUGCGUCGACGCCGCUGCCAAAUCUAGGCGAAAAUCGCAACACUUGGCGUACAAGCUCCGGAUCCGGCUAAAAGUCAAGUGCAGGAGGCAGCAACAGCAACAGCAAAAGCAGAGGCAGCAGCAGCGAAAGCAGCAGCAGCAGCAGCAGAGUUUUCCAAGCUCGGCGGCAGAGAUUCACUCUCGGUCGGGCGCCGGCGUCAGCGUUCCACGGGAUCCGUGAUUAGGUUUUACGGUUUUCAGUCCGCUCGAUGACGCCGAGGCCAGCAGUUAUGCGCCAAGCAGCAGCAGCCACCAUAGCAGCAGCAGCAGCAAGCAAAGCAGCAGCUUUAAAGCCCUAAAUCUGUGGCACUUCCUUCCGGUUGCCACGUUGCGUAUACGCCACCGAUACCGAAACCGCACUCGCAUGCCGUCGCGUAAAAACCAAACAGUUUCAGUGCCAAAAUCGAAGAACCGAAACCAGCUAACGAAAGCUCGAGUUUAACAAAACAAAAAGAAAACAUAAAUUUGAAAAAAGAAAGAAAAACUAAAUCAGUGAUAAAUUCGAAAUGGACGUGGCCAAAAUGCAAGCCACUUCCGGCCAGCAUCUGCUGCAUCCGGCCGCACCGCCCGCCCACCAACACCACCUGCCGCUGGACUACAGCCUGGGCAACUUCAAGCCGGCGAUUGCCUCGGACUUCCCCGGCUCCUUCCUCACCAGCCAGCAGUCCUCGUCGGCCUCCAACACCGCCUCCCCCUCCUCCUCCACCUCCGCCUCGCUGCAGGUGCGCGAUCUCAGCGCCCUGACCGCCAUGGCCGCCAUUCCCUCGCCCACGCAGCUGCUCCACCAGCGGCUCCAGCUGUCCGCGGACGCAGCCCUGGGCCACCACCAGCAACAGCAGCAGCCGGCCGCCCAGAACCCGCCCCAUCCCCCACAGCCCCAGAUGCCGCCGGCCUCCACGUCGCCGCACGAGUACGCACCCAUGUCCGCCUUCAAGGCGGUGCUCCCCAAGAAGCGAAACUCCGACGAUGCCUCGCUAGCGUUUAGCAUAAGCAGACUGGUCAAGACUGAACAACUGACGGCGAUGGCGGCGGCGGCCGUUGGCCUGAAGCCGCCGACUCCCAUGGAGGACAACAACAACUCAAUCUCGAUGCUGAGCAAGAACCAGCAGAUGCACCAGCAGCACCACCAGAGCCAGCAGCCCCAUCUUCCCCAGCGCUCCAAGCCGGCCUUCAUCAGCGCCAGCGAGAAGCUGCGCCGCCAGUCGCGAUCCCGCUCGAGGUCGAGAUCCCGCAGUCCCUGCUCCUCGCAGAUCGACAUGGAGGACGCGGAGUCACACCACUCGCUGCACUCCCGCUCGCGGUCCCGCUCCCGUUCCCGCUCCCACUCCCGCUCGCGCUCGCACUCGAGCAGCUCCUCGGUGGAACUGGAGGUGGACUCGCCGCCCGGCAGUCCGCGGAUCAGCUCGCCCAGCGGAGCCUCCGCCUCCGCCUCCGCCUCGGAGCUGCUGAUCACGGCCAAUGGCGGCGGUCGCAGCAUAGGCUCCAAGAAGUCCGACCUCUUCUCCGUUUCCGCGCUCCUCCGCCGGGACGAACCGCCCCAGCGACGGACGCCCCGCAGCCCCCCACUUGGUCACCUGGCCGCCGGCGGCCUGGCCAUGCCCUUCAACCCGCUGGAGGCGAUGCGGCAGGGCUACCCGCCCAACUACGACGCGGCCAUGUUCCAGCGACCGCUCUUCUCGCCCGCCCUCCCCUUCUUCGCCGCCGUCGCCUUCCACCAAGGUCAGCAGCAGCAGCAGCAGCAACAACAGCAGUCCGGACUGGCAGCAGGCUACCAUCCGGACUCGCAGGAAAAUCUCUUCCGUCUGCGGAGUCUGAUGGUGCCACUCCAGUCCGCCGGACAGAACAACUCGUCGGCGGCAGCGGCGGCGGCGGCAGCAGCGGCGGCAGCGGUGGGCGUCGGUGUCGGAGUGGGCGUGGGCGUGCCACCCAGCGGCGGGCACUUGGGGCUGCCCCACUCGACGCACCUCCACCACUUCCACCACAUGGCCGCCAAGUGGCCCGGCCUGCACCAAUUCAGCGACCUGUACUCGUGCAUGAAGUGCGAGAAGAUGUUCUCCACGCCCCACGGCCUCGAGGUCCACUCCCGGCGGACGCACCACGGCAAGAAGCCCUACGCCUGCGAGCUCUGCAACAAGACCUUCGGCCACGAGGUCAGCCUCAGCCAGCACAGGGCGGUGCACAACGUGGAGAAGGUGUUCGAGUGCAAGCAGUGCGGCAAGCGCUUCAAGCGAUCCAGCACCCUGUCCACCCACCUGCUCAUCCACAGCGACACGCGGCCUUACCCCUGCAACUACUGCGGCAAGCGGUUCCACCAGAAGAGCGACAUGAAGAAGCACACCUACAUCCACACAGGCGAGAAACCGCACAAGUGCCAGGUGUGCGGCAAGGCGUUCAGCCAGAGCUCGAACCUGAUCACGCACUCCCGCAAGCACACGGGCUACAAGCCCUUCUCCUGCAAGCUGUGCCACAAGGCCUUCCAGCGGAAGGUGGACCUGCGCCGGCACAAGGAGACGCAGCACACGGACCUGCGGGUGCACCUGGGCAAGGUGGACUUCAUGUCGGCGGCGGCGGCAGCGGCGGCCUCUGCGGAGCUGAGUGCGGUGGCGGGGGGACCGGUGCCCUCCGGAGUGCCGGCGGGGAGCCAGGGGGCCAGUGCGGUCAACCCGGCGAACAACGGAGCUCCCCAGAUGGGCACUCUCAACUGCCAGAAGGUCUCGCUGCUGGUAUAACAUGAACACCACGAACAUGGACACCAAACCGAAAUCCAAAUCAACCGCAACCAUUGUGCAAUAGACGAAUGCGGAGCCGGAGGCAGCGGUGGCGGCGGAGGAGAAGAGCCUCGCCAGGCAUUUGCCACUGCUUGAAACCGAACUCCAAAGAGAAAAGAUAAAACAAUUUAAAUAAUUUUAAGCCAGCCAGUUAAAAAUAUUUCCAAUGUUGCCAAAAACGAUACAAAUAGCAAGAAAGUUUGAAAUCAAUUAAAGCCAGCACAAUAGUCAGUCUCAAGUUCUCAUAAAGUGUAAUCAUCUUACCAAAGCUAUUCCAAAGCAAGGAGAGUUUCCACGUUUUUCUUUGUGUUGUCAGUUUGUAUUGCUGUGGCCCGAGAGCCAGUUGAAAAUCAAAAUCAUGUUAAGAAACUCCAACAAUAUGAACUGUGCGUGUCGUACUUUGUAAAAUGUAACAGAAUAAAUCCAAAAACGCAAGGAAUCCAAUAAAUAAAACAAAUCGAAAGCGUGAAAGCAAAACAAAAAAGUUCCAAGUUUUCGCUUCUAGAUAGUUGUGAAAUUUUAACUAAAUCGCUGUAUUAUGCAAACUAUUUUGAUAUUAUAUCAUUCCAAUGAAUUUAGUCUAAUUAAUAAAUUUUUUAACUUAUUUAUACAUAUUAUGUGUAUGUAUGUAAAAACCGCUAAACAAAUAUAUAUAUAUAUAUUUUCAUUUUAAUGUUCAACAAAGUAAUGUAUGUAAUAUUAAAAUAACAGCUAUAAAGACAAAAAUUAAUCUACAUUCUAAGUAUUUUUAUGUUUUCAAAAUAAAUUGAAUUUAUUAAGCAAA